UUGACAAUUGAACCUACAAUCACAACAAAGCGGCUUCUCGCAGAAAACAAUGCUAGGUUACAGUGCGUAGCUGAGUAGAAUUUAAUUAAAUCUAAUUAUAGCACUACGUUCUAAAAUGUGUACGCAGGGAUGACCACUGGCUAAUGAUCUAAUUGCCACGUUGGUUAAGUCAGAGAGCAGCGAACAACGACCGGUGCACGUACAAUGUGCCGCGUUGUUGAAGCUCACCGUAUUGAUCACAGCAAUAGAAUAUACGUCAAACGAUUUGAAGUGCUUGUUCAGUGUUAGCAACGUGCGUGUGUGCGUAUGUAUGAAGUAGAAUAGCGGAUUGGUCAUCAGUGAAUACGCGAUUGUUUACAUUAUAAACUGUGCGAAUCAACAUCAUUCAACAUGAGGCUAGUGAAGUGUUACCACGCACCAGCGAUGCUGCUCUGGAUGCUGACAGUGAAUUUCAGUGUUCAACCCAGCUUAGCUUGGUUCGAUAUCGGCAAGGUGAUAAACGGCGCGUCCGAUGUGAUUCAGACAUCAUACAAAUAUGCGAAAAACAAUGGAUACUGUGCGUUGACAGAAUGUUGUAAUGAGGUACACAUUCAUACCGACAUUACAGAGCUACGAGAUGCCUUGCAGAAAUCCUUAUUUGGGCAGCAUAUCGCAGGCCAGAUUAUCGUGAAUGCCAUCGGGGGACACUUUAAAAACAUUCACAGUUCCGAAAAGCCUUUGGUGAUGAGUUUACAUGGUCUACCAGGAACGGGCAAGAAUUUUGUUGCCGAGCAUGUUUCCAGGGCACUGUACAAAAAAGGCGCAAACAGUAAUUUCGUUCAUAAAUAUCUUGGCAGAAUAAACUUUCCGCUCGAAAGCGAAGUAGAAAAGUACAAGCUAAUGUUGGUUGCAGAUAUAACGACAGCCGUAGCCAAAUGUCCCAAAUCGUUAUUUAUAUUUGACGAGGUAGAAAAAAUGCCACCCGGAUUGUUUGAUGCGAUUGUCACGCUGCUGGACCAUCAUGCGUACACGAAGCAAUUGGAUUUCAGGCAGUCAAUAUUCAUCUUUCUCUCGAACGUGGCCGGACCGGAGAUAGCGAACAGGCUAAAAAAACUGGUGGACGGUGGCCGUUGGCGUGAGGAAACACAAUUGCACGAUUUCGAACCGACGUUGGAGAUAGCCUCGUACAACUUGGUGGGAGGAUUGUACAAAAGCGAACUCAUUGAAUCCCAUGUGGUCGACCAUUUCGUGCCAUUUCUACCGCUGGAGCUUAGACAUGUAGAAGACUGCAUCAGAGUCGAGUAUAGCAAGUAUACCGAUGAGAAAAUGAGCGAUGAAAUGCUAAGCGCCAUUGUCAAAGAAGCGAUCACGUUUGAUGAAACCGGCCUGUAUUCUAACAACGGAUGUAAACGAGUCAGCAAAAAGGUGGAAGCAUUACAUUAUGGUCGAAUGCGCAAACAAAAUAAGCAGGAACUGUAAUGGUUUUUCACCGUAAUCGGUUUACCGUUUUGCUUUUUUAGUGAAAAUUUGGUUUUCAUCAACAAUGAAAAGUGCGAUUCCAUAAGUUGUUUGUUUUUGUGAGCCACGUUGCGAAAUGAAUUGGAAAACGAGCUGUUCAUUUUGUUAAUAAAAUACGCAUUUUCACUAGGUAUUUUAA